AUGUACAUCAUUGUUGAUGGAUCGCGUUACUCAAAUGGACAGUGGAGCGGAGUUUCAGAAACUGGGUUGUCUUCGAGUGCAAAGAUUGACCGUUGGUUUUCGCUGCUACCUAACACUGCGCCGGCCCUAUCAAGACCAGAGAGUGGUUUCGUCUCCGGAGUGGAAGAGGUGGCUGAGCCCGGUACCCUGGCUGAAGCUAGGAACCUCCUCCUACAAAUGGGGGCUAAGAAGAAACGACGCUUCAUGUCGGCAGAAGAAUCUAAUGAUAACCGUCCAAUACCAAAUCAAAAUAAAACAUACGUGGAAUUGUUCAAGUUUGUGCCAACAAAACAUUCAGAAGAUUUCACUUUUACUCGCGAAGAUAAUGCUUCUUGCCUAAUAAGUGAAGAAAAUAGUGUUGUUCCAACUGAUGCAACAGUAAAAUCGAAGCUGGUAGGAUUACUGGCUGUAAAACACAAGGUAGAACAACAGCCAGAUUCACCAAAAUUGCAAGAACCACAUGAAAUGGAUAAUGGCACUGUGAGUAAGUUUUCACAAUAUGAACAAAACACAUAUGCAAAUGAUCUGGAACCCAUGAUGCAACCCCAAAUGCCACAAUUGAGGGAACGCCAUGAUAUGGAAUCUAGGGAAGUACAUGUUCGUGGUAACUUUGCACUGUAUGAACCCUGUUUAGGAGAUCUGUUAAAGCCUGAGUUUGCCGAACUACAAAAGCUGAAGUUAGAACAAACAAUAGAUUAUAUUUCAAGUCAACAAUUUGAGUACAAGCAGAAUAUGACCAGGCGACCAGAUUUGUUAAUAGUGCGAAACCUCUCUGGUGCAUCCAACAAAAAAAUAUAUACCUUGGAGGAAUUGGCAGGCCCAAUUAAGCCAGUGGUUUCACAGAAACACAAAAGCAAGUUUGCCAGAAAAGUAGAUCGGAUGUGUGAACAAUUUCAAGGCGAGGAAGAGAAUAAUUUGCAACCAGAUUUGAUAAAAUUGCAAAACCCUUAUCAUGUGGAGAGAAAAAAAGUAAAUAUUUGGGAUAUAAUUAAACAACAGAAACUCUAUUUGACACAACCAUUUAGGCAUCAGAUUGCCCAAUAUAAAUUCAAGCUUACACAACGUUUGGAGCCAAUAUUGGAAGAAUCUGAGACAACAUUGGAGCGACUAGUGGAGCCCGAGUUAAAACAACAACUACGGCUUGUAAAACAAAAUUCAGACCUGGGAUAUUAUUUAAAUGAGUACAAUUUGGAACAAGAAACUGAAUCUGAAGUUUCUCAUGAUGAGGAUUAUGAGGAGAGUGUGGUUGCAGCAUCACCACUUGGGUCUAGAACUGGUGAGAAUUAUUAUCAUUUUAUCAUGAUUUCACAUGCGACAGCUUGUCAAGAAAUUCCUGACUAA